AUGGCCAGCGGCAGCAGGGAGGAAGCAGAAGGCGAUGACUCUGGUAAACCAGACACGCGGCUGAACAUCACCUCUGCCAACGACCACUCUGCCGACACCCAAGCAGGCAUGAACAACAUGGGGACGAGGAGCACAACAAGCGAGUUCAUUGCUUGUUAUGGCGAGGUUACAGGUGCUGGUCGUGAGGAAGGAACCACGGUCAGUGACGGCGAAGAAUAUGAGAGGUUGGACGCACUGAAGGCUCCAUGCCCCUUCGACGGCGUGUUCCCUCUAGAUGUAUAUCUCAAGAGGAGGCACCGUGAUGGUUCUAUAUACAAGUGCACGCAUUCAAGGGCAAGACGAAGUUUCGCAGACCGCAGUGAGACUGUUUUCGAGGCAAUGAUGUUUACAGAGCCCUCAAACUGCAUCAUCCUCGAUGGCACUUGCAUGCGGCAUGGACCUACUCGCAUGUUACAAAUUGUAUCAAUAAAGUUGGCUAAAAUUGCUAUGGAUGGGCCAAUAGCGUUGUAUGGAUACAUAGCACUGCGGGAUAAUCUGGAUCGAUGCCUUAAUUAUGUCGUCAAAUUUAGCAGGGAUGGUCCCAUCAUUGUGGAGCAGGGUUCUCUCAUCAACUUGACUGGCCCCAAGCGAGGGAUUGAUUUUCUGGGUGGUAUUUUAAUCGAAUACGACAUGAGGAUCAAGACUGCUGAACCAGAAAAUCAUGAUCUACAGCUGAUCGAUGGGGUAUCAAUUCUAGGCAACAUGGGCAUGCGGAAUCGUAGUGUGUUCACGGGUCGCAUCCAUGGUGAUUGUGGUGCUGUUGACAUAACUUUUUCAAAUCUUGAAAAUGCAGUUGAGGCAACUGUAGAAGUUGCCAUAUCAGAAGUGCAAAGCAGUUUCAAUCUGUCUCUCGACUGUUUUACCAGUGGGUUGAAUGAACAAAUUCGGCUCUUCGAUGGCACCAUUGGUGAGGCGCAGAGUUUAAAAAGGUUUGUGGUUGCUGUGGUGAUAGAUUUUUGGAUACACUUGAAGUUCAAGGUUGCCCCGAAGCGAUCCAGUUCCGCUGAACAUGAUUGUUUCUUCAAUGCUGGCAACAUUGCAUUAAUGUCAGUAAAGGUGACCUGGUCGCCAUUGCCCGAGGGGUUCUAG